GGUUAAGCGACAGUGGCACUAGUAUUUGCUUGAGUCAUUUAUAACUAUAUUUUUACGGUUUUUAUUCAUUUAUGUGAAAUUAUAUGGUAAUAAUAAUAAUAAUAAUGUAAAAUAAUGUUAAUAGUAAUAAUAAAAAUAAUAAUACAUUUUAUUUAAAAGCGCCUUUCAGAACACCCAAGGUCACUUGACAGAAAACACUUAAUAAAAUACAAACAACAAUAAAACCCAAACAAGAAAGAAAAAAAAAACAAAGAGAGAAACAGUUCAAUAAAAUCAGAGGACGUAGGCAGAUUUAAACAUGUGUGUUUUGAGUUUUGUUUUGAAAAGGGUAAAACUGUCGAUGCUCCUGAUGUCUGGGGGAAGUGAUUUCCAGAGACGAGGAGCAGAGCGGCUGAAAGCUCUGCUCCGAGACGGGCAGAAGGAACCGCAAGAUGGAUGGAAGAAGAAGAUCUGAGAGAACGGGAUGGGGUGUGAAUACUUAUAAGGUCUGAGAUACAUGGAGGAGAGAGGUUGUGGAUUGCUAAACAUGUAUGCUGAUAAUAACUUUUCUUUGAAACAGCUUCAUGCUUAUGAGAAUUUAUUUAGUUAUCUAGUAUUUUCAGUUGUGUUGUAUAUAAAGUAUAGCGACAGAAAUAUGCUAUUGAUCAGCCAGUUAAAGGGUUAAAGAAAGCAAAAGGGACACUUUCCUGAUGUGUUUAGAAAAUGUCGUUUUUAUUUUUAAUAAUUAUUUAAUUAUUUAUCCAUUUUUUUAUGGUUUUGUUUUUUAAAAUGUUAUUAAACCAGGAAAUUUACUGACUUCAAAUAAACCCUUUUCAAGAUUGCUCCUGCCAAUAGUAUCAUGGUCUGCGUCUGCGUCUCCCCUCAUGUGUCUCCUUGUGUUCUCCAUCCCUAUAGGUUCUCUUUUGUGUCUCCCAGCGCCCUCAUGUAUCCUUGUUCUGCUUCUUCCUCAUGUGUCCUGGUGUUCUCCAUUUUUCCCCAGAUCUUCAGCCCUCUAGGUUUCCCUCCUCAAGAUAUCCCCCUCCCAGUUCCUGUGCUUCCGUGGCCCCUUUAGUCAUGCCCCUGUAGCUUUUCUUUCUGUAGUGUUUUUCCUUUAGUUUCAGCUCCCCCUUAGAAUAUUAUGUUUUCUGCCCUUCUGGUCUUUAGGUUUUUCUCUUAGGUCAUUUUCCUUUACAGCUGUUCAUAUUAUUAGUCUCUCCAGUGUGUUUUUCCCAUGGUGUUUGAGGUUUUUCUCCCCCCUGAGAUUAUUAAGUUAUGUUUUUCUGCUCUUCUUGUCUUUAGGUUUUACUCUUAGGUCAUGUUAGUUUUCCUCCCUGAUUAGUAACUCAGUUCACCUGGUCUCUCUCCCCACACACCUGCAGGUCAUCUCCCUCUCAUCCUCCCCAGUGUGUAAAGCCCUGUCUGUGUCUCACUGUUUUGUCGGUUCAUUGUUUGGUGUCAGCGUUGUUUUGUUCCUUGUCUCAAGGUUUUGUGCUCUAAGUGAGCUUUCGUCUCCAGGGUUUCAGGACAUUGUUUUUUUUUUGCUUCCUGCCCUUUUGGAUUUUUUUUUGUUCUACUUCCUAAUAAAGGAAUGUUUUCAUUUACAUCCACUCCUGCCUCAUGUCGUUCUGGGAGUCUGCAGUUUGGGCCCAAACCUCCUCCGGACUCGCAAUGUGACAAAUAGCUCUAAAUUAUUUUAUAGUUAUUAUUUUAAACACAAAUACAAACAUAAGCAACAGAAAACUAAACUAUUUUUAGGUCAACUGUUGAAGCACAUUCUGGAUUCUCACAAUGUGUGAAAUGAUGAAUGAUACACUGUAGUGUAAAGCGCUCUGGAGUCCUCUGACUCGGAAAGGUGCUAUACAAGUGCGGGUCAAUUUUUUGUCCGUAUUUCUUAUUGAAGCAUGCCCUGAACUAAACUAGACAACAGUUUAACUAAAUGAAGUGGAUACAAAUGUUGGAUUCACACCAUCACAAUUUAAGCGUUAUUAUUAGUAGUAGUAUUCACUGCAAAUGUGGUUGGUUGCAGAGGGCGUUGCACACAUAAGCCACAACUCUAGGGUGACAUACCCACUUGAGCAGAACUUUAUAAGUAGGCCUACUUGUUUAAAAAAGUUAAAAUAAAAUUCAGAAUUAUAUUUUCCAUGCUGAAAGAUGAAAAAUGUCCCUGAUGUUCUCAUAAAGACCCCGGCCGUUCAGUACAACGUGGCGAACAAACGUUUUUGAAUAUGUUUCUUGACCUCAAGGUGGCGUCCUAUAACAAGCAUAUUAACAUUUCAUUUUGCACCAUUUAAACGAAACUUUUUUCUAUAUCAGCAUUUUAUUUGACAGCCUGACAUGUUUAUUUAACACAUCACAAAUCAGACUCAUGAACGUUUUGUAAACAUUCUUUUCUGACUGAAAAUAAAAUAUAUAAAUCGUUAAAAUAAAAGUACAAAUCAUCUUCCACAUAUUGCAAAGGGCAGACAUUUAUGUGGAAUCAAGCAUGCCUUGUAUUUGUUUUGUCGCUCUAUGGAGCUCUGGGUGGAAGAUGAUGAAGGAGACCUGAAAUGGAUCCAGUCAGCAGCGCUGCAGGUGGCUGGCCCUGUUUUACUGGACUCUCCAGCCUCCACCCUGAGACACCGGCGGAGACUAGACAGAGUCAAUGAGGAAAAGAGAGCUGACAGAACACCGGUUCGGAGUUUUUCUGCAGUGUAGCGUCAAAUAAAAUCUUCCCUUUAUGGCACUCAGCAAUGAUGACAAGCAAGAGGACGCGGAGGAGUGCCCCGUGUGCUAUGAGAGUCUGUCUGGCAGCGAGCGGACGCUGAGCUGCGGACAUGUGUUCUGUCACGACUGCCUAGUGAAAACGCUGGUCAGCAUUCACAGCAACGGGAACGUCAGGGACACGAUUGUUUGCCCCAUCUGCCGACAUCUGACUUUCAUCAAGAGACAGAAGGAAGCGUUGAUCGCAGCAAACAAGAAUCCAGAUGAAGGACAGACCCUGGAGGUGCCUCUUCCUCUGAGACCAGGGCAGCCCCAGAGCGCACAGCGCUCCAGGAGCAGCUUCCAGAGAGGAGUAACCUGGAUGGCCCACGGCUUUAGGAGCGUGUUUCAGCGGAUCCGUGCUGUUAGGUUGAUCAGCCCCAACCAUAACGCAUGUCAGAUCUUCAUCAUUAGCGCGCAGGGGCGACCUAUGGCUGAGGAAGACGCGCUGGAUGUUGUGGUGACGGUGGUUCAUCCUCAGCGCAGGAGGAGACGCAGGAUUUGCACAACAGCGCGCUGCUUGCUCGUCUUGCUUUUGGCUUUUACUUUACUGGCACUAGUGGCUGCGACUUUACCCUGGAUUUUAUUGGCAUGACCCGAGGACGUCCGGACUGGAGUGCCAAGUGGAAAUAUUUAGAAGACCUUUAAAGAAACUGUAUUUAUGCUCAUCCUUGUUGAGAUGGUUGUGAGUUUGGCAGGAUAAGAAAACGUGCUUUGUUAAUAUGAUGCGAUGUUUGAGUCAGGUGUGGUUGUAAUUGUUUCAGACUCAUCUUUGGCCCACGUGCGGUCUCUAGCUAUGACCACUGAAGCAAAUGAAAAUAUCAGUUCUUCUUGGGAUUAGGCUGUUCUGGUUUGUUGACCGAGGCUGCAAAACACAACUUUGUGGCAAAACUGGACUCAACACACACACAUGUUUCAAUAUAGUUUUGAAAAUUAAAUUGACAAAUUUGCAUUAAUGACGUUUGAUUAAGAAGAAAAAAUUAGUUUAAAAUAUGAAUGAGAUUAAAGGAGGAAACAUUAAAGGAGAACUCAGCACUUCAUCUAGUGAAGUUAAAACAAUGUACAGAGAGAGGCUUUCAACUGUAUCAUAACUGAUGCACCCGUGGCAGUCUAAAGGAGAUGAACCACUAUCUGGUUGCUGUAAGGAGACACUGCAAGGCUGAUUAGAUUACUUCAAGGUCACCUCAGUUGUUUAGAUGUGCAGCUCUGACUGAACUUUAAUGAAAAGGGAGACAGCGUUGGAAAAGGUGGGUCAACAAUGAAAAGAGGUCACUUAUGACUAAACUAUUAAGGUGUGUAACAGAUUUGCCUUGUGUGUCACCAUAUUCCUCUCACACACACAAAAACACACCUCGGAUCUUGUGGUGAUUCUUCAGGCAUGCUGCUGGACCAGUUCCACAAGUCACACGCGUGAACUGACUUGUGCCUUUGAACAAAAACGGAUUUCUGCACCUGCCAGGAUGGCAGUGAUUGAUUUCCUCUCAGCUUGUUAGACUGACCAGUUUUUGAAUUCUCGAGUUGGAUGUUCAAGAACUUUCUCCAGGUUUGAUGAAGAACGUUUAUGAUAAGAAUGAAGCAGAUGUUCCAGACUCACCUGCAUUUUUAUGUACAACCGAAGGAAAAACCAUUUAGAUUUUCUUUUUGCCGAAUUUAUAAAACAGAGUUUAAGAGUGUAAAAACAUGUCAUUCUGUUGAGAAUUUACAGAAUCAUUGAUUUCGGAUAAAUGACAACAGGAAGUAAAAAUCACUGUGCAAAAC